GUUUGGGCUGCAGACAGCCUGCUCUCUGGGAUCUUAACUUUGAGGAAUAGCGGUGAAAGCAGCAGUGCACGAUACUGACCUGCAACCAGCCGGCGGGAUGUUCCUGUUCAAGUUUAUCUGCGCUGUUAUCACCAGAGGUUUAUUCAUCCUCGUCUCUCUGACCGGCGUCUGGAGGGUGACAUGGGUGAAAAAAGACCCCAGUUAUUGGUUUUUGACUUUUCUUUUUUUGCCGCUUGUGGUUGAAAUGAUAAUAACGCUGAAGAGACGCAAGGGGAAAGAUUACAAAUGGUUUUCUCCUCCUAUCUUCCUGUUUCUUAUCAGUAUCAUUCCCUCCAUCUGGAUCCUGGAGCUCCACCACCAGCAAGAUAAAGUCAGCGACCCUCAGUGCAGUAAGCUCGACUCUUGGGAGAACGUGCGUAAGGUGAUCACUCUGAACGAGACUGUGGGAAACAAGACAUACCAGGACUAUCUGAAGAAUUUUAACCAGGUUUUAUCAACUGUCUGUUCCAACGACUGGAUCCUGGCUCUUCAUCAGAUCCUGCUCAUUCUCCUCAUUGUGGGGAAGUGGCUUCUCCCACUGGGAGGCGGAGUCACGCGUGACGAGCUCUCGCAGCUUCUCCUAAUUUUUGUCGGCACUGCGGCCGACAUCCUCGAAUUUACUAGUGAGACGCUGUCAGAUGUCAAAGAAAACAGCCCUCAGCUGGUCUACAUCAUCUUAGCUGUAUGGACUUGGAGCAUGCUGCAGUUCCCCCUACAUCUGGCCGUGGUGAACUCCAAGAAAGACGCAGAGGGUGAGGAGGGGGACCAGGAGCAGUCCCUCUUAAGUAAACACAGCACGGACAUGUGGAGCAUCGUGGAGGCCUUGUUUAUCCAGGACGGGCCUUUCCUGGUGGUCAGGCUCACUGUCAUGACUUAUUUCGACGUCUUCCACCAGAUGCUGGUGUUCUUUGCCAUCAAGAAUUUCCUGGUGGUCAUACUGAACUUUUAUAGGCUGAUUAUUAUAUGCCAGGACUUUAGACCUUCUAGGAGCGGCACCAGCAGGAGCAGCCCCAUCCCAUGUGUUUGACAAGUCAUCUCACGGUUGAAUCGGGGAGAUGGACAGUUGUUACACCUGAAGUUUGAGCACAAAAAAAAUUGUUUUGUUUUCUUCCUACCCAAAACUGUGAACAAAUAUUUUCUAUACUUGCGAGGCGAUGCCAAGUUCACAUUCGACACUUGACUCAUUUUGAAGUUCAUUGACAAUCCCUGUGGAGCUAACCUCAGAAAAAACACUAAUGUUUAUUCAGUAUUUAAAUGUGACUUUGUGUGCACAAAAAUAGGCUAAAACCUGGUUUUAGUCAUGUAUUAAGAUGCCUUACUUUUCAGACUGUACCUGGUCUGACAUUUAAAAAAGGGGGAAAAGCAGGAAGCAGAGUAGAACAGGAAAAGGGUGUGGGGGUCCAAGUGAAACAUACCACAUGUAAACAGAUAAUGUACAUUACUAAGCCUGUCAGCACAAUAAAAUGAACAAAAGUAGUCCCAGAGCACCACCGGUGCAGUGCCAGCACCUACAGUAACUGGAGACAGGCUACUGUUUAGAUAAGGAUCGAAAAUUUUCUAACAGUGACAACAGGAAGACAGAGAGAUACAUGAGAUGACAGUAGGGACUGUAAAGUGUUGGCUCAAGCUGAGAACAAGGGACCACAAUUUCCUCAUCUUAACCCAUACAGGACGCUGAAACUAAAACUGAAAACAUCUGAUAGAACUUUGAUAAAACCAGUAUAUCAACAAUGGAUAAGGAAGGAACAACUUUGAUCAUUUUGGACAUCUGAAUGGGGAACUAUUUUUCCAAACUUUGAUUGAUGGUGUUUUGUAUCCCUCGUAUAAUCAGUCUUUAACGCCAUGUAACCUGGAUUGAUAUCAGUUUUCCCGUGCUAUAUUUAGAUGCCUUCUACAAGCUAUUUGACCAUUUGAUAUCUGAGCAAAUUGUUUGCUUUCUUUGGAAAACACAGGAAAAAAGGCAAUG